AUGGGCAAAUAUGUCGGUCGUAUCCUGGCUAGUGCACAAGACGGACUCAAGGCAGACUGCCUAGACUGGCAGGGAAUCGCGUCGCCUAAGCAAUCUGCUCCACCUCGCGGAAGGCCCUACUACGUGGACGUAGUCCCAUCACUAUUCGAGCACAUCCUCCGCUACCUUAGGACGAGCCUGUACCCAAUUUCGCACGACGCACAAACCGGCCACGACGAAGUCUUCUACCACCACUUGCUCAACCAAGCCCACUUCUACCAGAUUGACAAGCUGGAGACCUGGCUCAGGGGAAAAGAGUAUCACAACGCAGUCCGUCAGGCACCCUGCCACAUCUCCCUCACCCUAUACGGCCGGGACCAAAUCGAGCAUCUCCACGAGUUUGUGCCCGGCCGCAAUGGCAGCGUCAACAUUGUCAGCGGUGAGCACUCGCAAAAGGAAUGCCAUCUCCGCCCCAACAAAGAGUGGCGCCACGACGGCAGGAAGACGGACUGCCUGAACUCGGGCUGUUUGACGGUGAAACAGUCCAGAUUCUCACACUCCAAGAUGAUGGAAGUGGUCAAGGUGGAGUGCAUCGUGACGAGAGUCGUGCUGGACGAGAAGCGACUGAUGCGCAGCCAGCAGAAUGAGGUCCUGCCGCCGCCGUAUCACGAGACCUCGUGA